CCGGGUUACUGGUCGCCGGUGGCCCUUCCUGGCUACCAGGUCUGUCGGCUCGUGGCGCAUGGGCCUGCUCCGAGGCUGGCCCCCAUGCGCUCGGGCCAUGGCGCGCCUGGGCGCCGUGCGCUCCCACUACUGCGCUCUGCUGCUGGCCGCGGCGCUUGCCGUCUGUGCCUUCUACUACCUAGGCUCGGGCCGGGAGACUUUCUCUAGCGCCACCAAGAGGCUGAAGGAGGCCCGCGCCGGGGUCCCCGCCGCGUCCUCGCCGCCCGCGCCGGAGGUGGCGCGAGGCUCCGUGGCGCCGGCCCCGGGCGCCAAGGCCAAGAGCCUGGAGGGCGGGGGGUCCGGGCCGGUGGACUACCACCUGCUGAUGAUGUUCACCAAGGCAGAGCACAAUGCCGCGCUACAGGCCAAGGCCCGCGUCGCGCUGCGCUCGCUGCUGCGCCUCGCCAAGUUCGAGACGCACGAAGUGCUUAACCUUCAUUUCGUGAGUGAGGAAGCCAGCCGCGAGGUGGCCAAGGUCCUGCUGCGGGAGCUCCUGCCGCCCGCCGCCGGCUUCAAGUGCAAGGUCAUCUUCCACGAUGUCGCUGUGCUGACGGACAAGCUCUUCCCCAUCGUGGAGGCCAUGCAGAAGCACUUCAGUGCCGGCUCGGGGACCUACUACAGCGACUCCAUCUUCUUCCUCUCGAUCGCCAUGCAUCAGAUCAUGCCCAAAGAGAUCCUGCGGAUCAUUCAGCUGGACCUGGACCUAAAGUACAAGACCAACAUCCGGGAGUUGUUUGAGGAGUUUGACAAUUUCCUGCCAGGCGCCGUCAUCGGCAUAGCCCGAGAGAUGCAGCCAGUGUAUAGGCACACAUUCUGGCAGUUCCGCCAUGAGAACCCCAAGACCAGGGUUGGGGGCCCACCCCCCGAGGGGCUGCCUGGCUUCAACAGUGGAGUGAUGCUGCUGAACUUGGAGGCCAUGCGCCAGUCCCCGCUCUACAGCCGCCUGCUGGAGCCGGCACGGGUGCAGCAGCUCGCCGACAAGUACCACUUCCGUGGCCACCUCGGGGACCAGGACUUCUUCACCAUGAUCGGCAUGGAGCAUCCCGAGCUGUUCCACGUGCUGGACUGUACCUGGAACCGGCAGCUUUGCACCUGGUGGCGGGACCAUGGCUACAGUGACGUCUUCGAGGCCUAUUUCCGGUGCGAGGGCCACGUCAAGAUCUAUCAUGGGAACUGCAACACUCCCAUCCCCAAGGACUAGGGACAUCCCGCCUGCCCUGCCCUCGGGGCCUCUGGAUUGUCUAGGACAGUCCUGGCGGUGUCUGAACUGCUAGAGAGACACUGCAGGGAAGUCCUCUGUGAUCAAGGUGCUGUGAUCUCCCACGCAGUGGGUCACUGUCCCAAGGCCACUCAUUGAACACCAGCCUAUGCAUUGCUGGUGCUCGGGGCCCUUUUCCCUGGGGGGCCAGGCAUCAUGAAGGACAAAUGGGUAGCCACCUUCCAGUGUGCUAGGAAGCCAGCACGUGAAGAGAGGGAAGGAAAGAAAAUCGUACCCCUUGCUGUCCACCCUCAAGGAAUGGAAAUCCUUUUAAGAACCAGCCUUUCUUGGACCAAUAUAAAUUUAAUUUAAAUUGACAGGCUUCCAUUUUGCAAGAAAGAGCAUACAAUACUGCUUUAGCACCCUGUGAGCCAGGAUUUUAACAACUAGCCCAGAGUUUAAGCUUCCAGACAAAUGCCGACCUUCCAUAUACUCACCCCGGGAGGCUGUGUGCGCAUUCUCGUGACGCUCACAUCUCUUGGUGUAGGUUUAAAGAUUGCUGCCUCUUUGCAGAAGGCCUUCAGGGUCAGCUAGGGCCCACGUAAGAAAACUAGUCUCAUUAUUGUAGCAUUCACAGCUUUUAUCUACCAGCUAUAUCUCAGAAUGCCAUUAUCCCUUAUUCGUGCAAGCCAGCUCUAGGUGACCAGACCGUAGUCAGAGAUCAAAUCCACCAUCAAAGAACAGAGCUUGGCCACCCGCAGGGACAUGCAGUAGAAUUGUCUGGACCAGGAAGACUCGUUGGAAAGUGGAGCCCAACAGUUCACGGGUGUGACCGUGUGGGCUAAAGAGAGGCGCCGCUCACGGGCUCUAGUUUCUUUGUUUAAAAAACUCAUCCUCGUUACUCUCUUAUUGUGCCAUAUCAGACCCUAUACCUCAGCAGAAAUGAAAAUGUCAUUUCUUUGCAUCUGUUGAUGGGUUUUCCUGUAAGUAAGCUGCAAUCAUGAAACCCCUAAGGGCCCAUCUUGUGUAGUCUAGCUGAGGUCCUGGGGGGAGAAAUGUUGCAGGAUUUUCAUCUUAUUUUG